CUCUUUUUUUUUUUCUCUUCUUCCUUCCUCUAAAUAAUGCCUCGUUUGUCGUCUUGGUCGUUGUGCGUUGUUGCUGCUGUGGUGGCAUUCGGCGCCAUUGUGGCUUGCGCAUCGCCCAACAAGAAAAUGAUCGAGUCUCGCGGACCAGUGUACCAAAUCCCGCUCUGGAACUGCACCGCCUGGGCUGGUCCGCCGCCGCCGCCCGCGACCAACGUCACCCAGCUCCACAUCCAGGACAUCAAGGUCAUCAUGGCCGUCGGCGACUCGAUUGGCGCUGGCUUUGCCAUGCACUCUGGUCCAGCCGACGAACCGUGGGCGCUGCGUCUCAUCGAGUACCGCGGUGAUACCUUCCAUAUGGGCGGCAACGAAGGCCAGUAUUCGCUUGCCAACUUCCUCAAGGUGUACAACCCAGACCUGAUUGGCGCUUCGGUCGGCGAAACUCUCCCGCUCGACGCAAUCAAGUGGAAGGAGGGUGUGAUUGAGCCGUUCGUGCCGCACAUCACCCACCUGAACGCCGCUCAGUCCCAAGCCAAGAUUGAAAAUGUCGCCAAGCAGGUCGACUACCUGAUCGAGCAGUUGAACACCACCUACGCCAAGACCGUGAACAUGACUCACGACUGGAAGAUGCUCAACUUGCUGAUCGGUGCCAACAACCUCUGUGGUGCCUGCUUCAACCGGUCGUACGCCGAUCCCGAUUACUACGAGCAGACCUUGGACGCGAUUGUCGGCCAGAUCUACCAGAACAUUCCCCGCACCGUGGUCAAUCUGAUUGCCCUGUUCAACAUUAGCCAAGUCCACACCUUCGCCAUGACCAGCGAGUACUGCCGUGUCAUGUGGAAGGACAUUGUCAAGACCGAGUGCAUGUGUCUGCAGGGCGAUGCCACUGACGCCGACCGCCUGGCCAUGGACGUGCGCACCGUCGAGUUCAACCGUCGCAUCAACCUCGUGGCCUCCCGCUGGCAGGCCAAGCAACUUCUCGAGUUUAACGUCAAAGUCCAGCCCUUUGCUCAGAACAUGCGCAUUCCCAGUCUUUCGUAUCUUAGCGAGCUUGACUGCUUCCACCCGCACGCCUACGCCGACGCCGCGUUUGCCAUUGGCCUGUGGAACAACAUUCAGACCCCUGAUGCCGAAAAGGAAUCGGAUCUGAACCCUGCCACCAUCGGAUUCCAGUGCCCUACCAAGGACACGAUUCUGUACUGAGCUAUGCUGCUCAUUGUUGAGGUUGUUGCUCUUCAAAAAUAAUACACGCUAGAUUUUUCAAGGUUACAUGCGCACAUGUGCAAAAACUAAUACAACCCAACUCUCC